AUGUUAUUCAAACAAACCCUCCUAUCCCUCUCUCUCGCACUCUCCACAGCAACAGCCUACCACCUCGCCGUCGUCGACCAAAACACCAAAACAAUCCGAGUCUUCCCCCGCGACUCCGCAAAAUGGAACAAAGACGCCAUAUACUGGUCCUUCACCGCAGACGAAGACCUAGCCUGGCUCAAAGGCAACCACUGGGCCGAUCUAGAUGACGUGAAGAUCCGCAAGACCGCCGACCGAGGCCUUCCUCGGGGGGGCAAAGUCGGAAUGGUCGAUAUCAUAGCCGGGCACGAAAGUGCCGACCUGGACGAUGUAGUCUGGCAAGCAACGCCGGGCGACAAUCCGCAUUCACUUGAGCGAAUCCCGUACCUGGGUGCAUUUGUGGCGUCCAGCUCCACGCCCGGUAAAUUGACCCUGUAUGUGCCAACCGAUGCGUCGGAUGUGAAUGAUCUGAGCAAGAUCAAGAAGAGUCAUGAGUAUGAGAUCCCCAAGGCGCAUGGGGUUUUGUGGCACAGUGGCAAGCUUUGGGCGACUGGCGAAGACUAUCUCUAUAAGUUUGAUGUUGUGGGGAAGGGGAAGAGUAUCAAGUUGGUUAUGGAUGGGGAGAAGAUACCCUUGCCGAAGGUUUCUGGUCGUGCGAGUAAUGGCCAUGAUUUAUCGGCUAGUUAUAAGGAUUCGGAUGUUUUGUUAGUUACGCAUACUGCUGCGGCGUAUACUUACAACGUCAAGACUGGGAAGUUCAAGACUCUGAUGAAGGUUGAUAAACUUAAGUCUCUUGUGCAGCAUUCUUCGGGUGAAUAUGCCUGGGUCAGGGGGGAGAAGCAUGAGAUGGGUCAGUAUGUGUCUUUCAGUAAUGAGAAGGACCCGGAAACUGUGAUUGAUAAGAGGGGAUGGGGUGAUGCGGAGUUCUACAAGGCGAAGAUCUUUGAUCCUGACUAUGAGUGA